GAAAUCCAAAUAGGAUUUCAAGUUUAUGAGACUUUAUUUAGGGCUAGGUCUCCAUCCCCAAAAUUCCCAAAUCGAAAAUCCGAAAAAUUGAAAUCCACGAUCAGAAGAGUAGAUUUUAAUCCAAUUCGAAAAGAUGCCGCAGAGGCACUCGAAGAACAACAACGACCUCGCUUUCUUCACCUACGACGAGAAGAAGAAGCUCGGCUAUGGAACCCAGAGGGAGCGGCUCGGCAGGGACUCCAUCAAGCCCUUCGACGCCUGCUGCCUCUGCCUCAAGCCCUUCAUCGACCCCAUGUGCUGCCAGAAAGGCCACGUCUUUUGCAAGGAAUGCAUUCUCGAGUGCUUGCUUUCUCAGAAGAAGGACAUCCACAGAAAGCUAGCUGCACAUACUGCUCAGCAGAAGCAAGAAAAGAACGAGGAAGAUGAUCGGUUAAUGCAGCAGAAAGCUAGAGAGCUUGAGGCUUUUGAUCAGCAAAACCACGGCGCAAUUCCACAAUACAAUGAUAGAAACCAGAGCCAAGAUAAGACUGGUUUCCACGGGGCAAACAGUGUGAAGGUCACUUCUUAUGAAGAGGAGGCUCUUCGGACAAUGAAAGCCUUUUGGCUGCCUUCUGCUACACCGGCAGCUCCUGUUAAAGUAGAUGCUCCCUCUAUGAGCACGGUCUGUCCAGAAGGAAAUGAGAAACUAAAGCUGAAGUCCCUAUUCUCUGUGUAUUACACAGAAGACAGUAACGAGAAGAAGACUUCAUCUCUGGAUAAGACACUUAUCUGUCCGAGCUGUAAGGUUACUUUGACCAACACGCUGUCGCUCGUGGCCCUUAGUUCAUGCGGGCAUGUCUUUUGUAAGAAAUGUGCUGAUAAGUUCAUGGCCGUAGAUAAGGUUUGCCUUGUUUGCAGCAAGGGAUGCAAAGAAAGGAACUUGGUGAACUUGGCAAAAGGAGGAACCGGCUUUGCCGGGCACGAUGAUAAUCUUGAAGCAAGAGACUUCAAGCAUUUGGGGAGUGGUUCCGGAUUAGGGUUGGUGAGACCCGCCGCGAAGACUUAACCUCGAAAGGAUUUGGGGAGUGGUUCCGGAUUAAGUUCAUCCUCAAGAAAAGAAAAGAGAAGUUGCACCAAAGGUUCUUCUCUUUUGUUUUGGCUUUUAUGAUUUUGUAGGCAGUAUGUGUAAGUUGAUUUGUUCCUAUGCAUUGCUUGAUCAUGUUUUAUUCUGCGUGAAGCUAUAGUUAUUGAACAAUUAAACAUGGAUUACCAUAAACUAAAUCCUAGAUAAUUGAUAAUUGCUAAAACAGUGGGACCUCCUCACAAAUGAUGCUUUCUUA